AAAUGCGUCUAAUUUAGUUUAAUUAAACGAUGUUCAACAGGACCACGAUUUCAGGUAAACUGAAACUUUCCCUGGUACCACAAGAAUGACUCUACCCGUGAUAAAAACCAUACUAGAGGGACAAGGCAGUGCCAAACUGUUGCAAUACCUAGCGUGCACAAGCGCUUGUGUGGUAGUUUUCACUGUGGGCAUCCACCUGGCAUGGACAGGGCCUUCGUUGAGGAAGAUCCUCUCCCCGGAAUACCCCCAUGACGUAACCCCGGAUGAGGCCUCCUACAUAGCAAUCGUCAGCUGCGUGGGGCACGUCAUCGGGGGGUUUUCUGGAAGUACCCUUUCGGACACGAUGGGCAGAAAGUAUACUUUGCUGGCUGCGGCAGUGCCGCAAGUGUCGUCCUUCAUUAUGAUCUACUUUUCUUACUACGGAACGUACCUUUUGUACUGCGCCAGGGUCAUAGGUGGUAUCGGGGAAGGUGUCGUUGUGGCAGUGCUACCGACCUACUUGGCUGAGGUGUCAUCUCCGAACAUCAGAGGAGCCAUAGGGACGCUUUCGACGCUAUUCGCUAGAUCUGGUUGUCUUUUCAUCAACCUGUUGGGUUCUUAUACGGACAUCCAUACUGCUGCUCUAGUAUGUCUAGCGUUCCCAGUACUGCACUGGGUUCUUUUUGUUAAUUUCCCAGAAACCCCCUAUUAUUUGCUGAUGAAGGGAAAAACUGAAAGGGCUAGACAGAGCUUGAAGGCCCUAAGAGGCUCCCAAGACGUGGAAAAAGAGGUACUACGACUCACAGCCGACGUAGCAAGGCAAAUGUCUGAGUCUGGAACGUACAAGGACUUGUUUACCAUAGAUUCCAAUCGCAAGGCUUUUUUCUUGAUUACCGCCGCCAGAAUCUUCCAACAGUUCACGGGAACCUCAGCUUUCAUCAACUACUACCAAAUAUUGAUCGAGCAAAACACGGAUCUGUCACCGGUUAUGGGUUCUUCAUUAAUAAUUCUCACCCAGAUAAUCAUGAGUGCUCUAGCGUCCAAGUUCGUGGAUAGAUUUGGCAGGAAACCACUUUUAACUGCGUCCGCAGGUCUAACUUUCUCAGUUCUUCUAAUUCUAGGCAUAUAUUUCACCUUGAAGGACUAUACCUCCCUAGACCUGUCCGUAAUCCACUGGUUCCCACUGCCUAUGAUGGUGCUGUUCAUCAUAACUUUCUUCCUGGGUAUGGGGGUGAUUAUGCCGAUACUGGUAUCGGAAGUCUACUCCACGAGUAUCAAGGCUAGGGCUAUUUCCCUUGGUGGCAUAGUUUUUGCUUCCUCCAUGACGGCUAGUACUAAAUUCUACCAGUACGCAGGAGAUAAUUUUGGAUUGGCGGUGCCCUUCUACACUUUCGCUGCUUCCACGUUCUUUGGGACGUUGUUCUUCCACUUUAAAGUGCCGGAAACUAAGGGGAAGACGCUGGAAGCCAUCCAGCAAGAACUGAAGGGCAACGUCGGAAAGAACCGUCAAUCUAUGACAUGAUGUUCUUCUUGUUGUAAUCAAUAAAACUAAUUUAUAACCUC